AUACGUCGAUUUCCCGUCACAGAUUCGGAUUUCCUGGUUUCGGGAAAGCUGAAGGGGGACCUUCGACAGACAGUUUUAGCCGUCAUUUAACUCGGCAGAGUCCCUGUGACGGAACGUUUACUCGUUAAAUCUGAUUAGCACGGGUUAAAAGUGAGGUAAAGGAGAGGUAAACGUGAAGCGGGGGCGCUGUGUGUCUCGGUUUGCGGUUAGCUAUCCGAGCUAAUCGGGAUGUCCGGCUCGGCGGGCGGCACGUCCCCGGCGGCGGGCCCCAGCUCCGCCUCGGCCUCCGGGAUGUCCAUGUUUCGCUGGCUGGAGGUGCUGGAGAAGGAGUUCGACAAGGCGUUUGUGGACGUGGACCUGCUGCUGGGCGAGGUUGACCCGGACCAGGCGGACAUCACGUACGAGGGCCGCCAGAAGAUGACGAGCCUGAGCUCGUGCUUCGCACAGCUGAGCCACAAGGCGCAGACCGUCUUCCAGAUGAACCACAAACUGGAGGCACAGCUGGUUGACCUCAAGUCGGAACUGACAGCCGUGCAAGCGGAAAAGGCUAUGGUGGAGAAGGAGGUCCAUGACCAGCUGCUGCAGCUUCAUGCUUUGCAGCUCCAGCUCAAUGCCAAGGCGGGUCAGACCAUGGACUCGGACUCCAUCAAGGCCAAGCUGUCUGUUACCUCAGUGGAGGACAUGGAGCGGGAGCUGGAGGCCAGCAAGAAAGAGAAGUUGAAAGAGGCAAAGCUGGAGGCUGAAGUCAAGCUUUUCAAGAAGGAGAAUGAAGCGCUACGCAGACACAUUGCAGUGCUGCAGGCAGAGGUCUACGGUGCGAGACUAGCUGCCAAGUACCUGGACAAGGAGCUGGCUGGCAGGGUUCAGCAGAUCCAGCUGCUGGGCAGAGACAUGAAAGGCCCAGCCCAUGACAAGCUCUGGAACCAGCUGGAGGCCGAAAUCCAUCUCCACCGCCACAAGACGGUCAUCCGAGCCUGCAGGGGACGCAACGAUCCCAAGAAGCCCUUACCAUCCCCCGUGGGCCAUGACCCAGACUCGUUAAAGAAAUCCCAGGGUGUUGGGCCCAUACGGAAAGUGGUGCUAACCAAAGAAGAUCACGAAGGCCUGGGAAUCUCCAUCACUGGGGGGAAGGAGCAUGGUGUGCCGAUCCUGAUCUCAGAGAUCCAUCCCACCCAGCCAGCCGAGCGCUGCGGGGGCCUCCAUGUCGGAGACGCCAUCCUGGCUGUCAACAGCAUCAACCUGCGGGAUGCCAAGCACAAGGAAGCAGUGACCAUCCUUUCCCAGCAGAGGGGUGAGAUAGAGUUUGAGGUGGUCUAUGUGGCUCCUGAAGUUGAUUCAGAUGAUGAGAAUGUGGAGUAUGAAGACGACAGUGGCCAUCGCUACCGCCUGUACCUCGAUGAGCUGGAGGAAGGAUCAGCAGGUGGCCGUGGCAGCGGAGCUGGGGACAGCAGCUCGCUACAAGCCCUGGAGAAGAGCUCAGCGAGUGACAGACUCGAGAACGGUGACACGGGAACCUCCAGCGAGACGCCAUCAGAAGAGACCCCCUCGCGGGGCGCAGAAAGCUCCUCCUAGAGCUGUGGAACAGGAGGGUUGCUGGGUGGGUGGCUAAUUGAAGGGGGCAGAGGAAGAAGUGAAAGACUCUGUGAAGAGCAUUUUGUACCAUGUGACAACUGCCUGAGGCCAGUUAAGGCAGUGGGUGCACAAAGGGGGAGGGGCAGGUACAAACGGCUGGGGGCGUGAGAUAAGGAGUGAUGUUUGCAGCUCACAGGCUCCCAUGGAAACGCGCUAUUUAAUUCACAUCACCAUUUUUACUGUCCUAAGUUACUGGCUGUUGUACACAUGAAUAGAGCCGUGACAGCAGCUGCUGGAGGGAAGAGUGUUGUAGAGAAACCGAGGUUGCGCUGCAUCCGUGUGGGAAAACACAGGGCUGAGUGAACUUUGGUACAAACUGCCCCCACUGGUCCUAACUAGACACUUAAGACAUAGAAAUACUUAAAUGCAUCAUAACUGCAUAUACUUUGUAUAGUAAUGGAGUGAGUUUGAUACUUGGUUCUCUUAUCCAUCCUUUGAAUGAUUUACAUUUAUUUAGCAGAUGCCUUUCUUAAGUCACUUCCACCGAACUCUAGUGUUAUCAGUGCACACUGUACCAUGCUUUUAUCCUCCUGAGCCUCAUAGCAGGGCUGUAGGUUAGUGGGGCGUGCUUUGCAGCCUUCCGUACACUUCGUACCUUCAGCGUAAAUUGAAAGGGAAAGUACAGCUAACACAAUGGUUGCACACUAUAAGGGAUGUGAUGUUUUACUAUAUUAGGCAAGUACUCACUGAAGGACUAGUGGGGCUGAAGUAACAUAUGGAAAGUCAGCUUGUGGGACAGUAGAAGGCAGACCGUUUUCUGUUCACUGGAGAACUUCAGGACGUGUUAGAAACCAGUAAAUGCCAUGACUCUGGCUGACCGCAACUGCCCUUUGCAGUUAUCGUAAGAGGCGUAGCUCUGCUCUACACUAGAUGGUGCUGAUGCAGGCAAGUGAUGACUGCACGGGUUCUGACUGCUCAGCCCAUGCCCAGUGUCACAGGUGGUUCUAUGUUAAAACACACUAGUUACUGAUGGCUGUAAUAAAUGCUUCCAGAACAUCUUCAUGACAGAGGCCUCCAUUUGUGAAGGAUGUCUGAGGGAUGCAUACCAUGCAAUCUACUGUAUUAUUUGUUCGUAUUACCUUAAAGGUCAUUUUGGGAGACGAUGUUUAAUCCUUAAUUCAAUCCCAUUAUUUAUGUAGGGCAGAUAUAAGAUACUCUUUUUAAAGUGAGGUUAAUAGAAACUGGGGCAACAAUGAUGUCCAGGCCAUAAUUUUAGUCUGGAAUAAAUUUAAAAACUUACACCUGUAUUUCAUGAAACUGAUGUGCAAUACAUUAUUUUCCUAAUGUUUUAAAUUCUUAGGACUCCCCUUGAAUGGUGUUCACCAUUUUGGGAUUUGGGUUUCUUGGUCACUAACUCAUUCAAAAUGUGCUUUCUCUCAGCUGCCACAGAGCUGUCAGGGCAAAUUAGUUUUUUUUUUUUUUUGGAUCAACUGUUGCUCGCUUUUGUACGGCAUCUGUAUUAAAAUAUGCAGCAGUCUCACGUUGGUCAUUACAUCAGUAAGUUUGCAGUACGGUACUGCUGUUGAACGACAACUCAUGUUACAAGCAUGUGCCGUUCAGCUUUAACUUUAUAGCUAAUUUUGAGAACCAAAAUGUAAAAUAUUUUCAUGCAAACAUAGAACUGAACUAUACAGCAAUAAAACAAAAAUGGUCAGUAUUUAUGCACUGAGGACUCGUGUAAAAUAAUUUUUCUGCAACAGAGAUCGUUCUGCGAAAAGUGUAAACAUGUAUAGUAAAUGUACAUUGCUCUAAAUAUCAGUGCACUGUUGUAGGGUUGCUUAAUGAUUCUCCUUAGCCUGUACAGCUAGUUUAAGUGUGGAGGUCACUCCCCUUGCAGGAGGACAGCAGAGGAUGUCCUGACAAUUGACUUAUGUGCUGCAUGGUGGGUUAAUAGCAGUACAGGAGGAUUGCAUUUUUCAGUGACCUCCCAAGUAACAUCAGUAGUCAUUCCUUCAAAGUUCAGGCACAUUUGCGCAUCAUGGAACUCACUGCCUUGAGGUGAAGUCACAGCACAGAAGGAAGGCUCCCCUUUUCACAUCUCUUCUACUGCAUGCAUUCUAGAAUGUUCCUCUUAGUGGGCUGUCGUCACUGCUCGAAGGGACCCCGGAUCUCUCCUCCUGACCCCCCCCCCCCCCCCACACUUUUUACCGUCCUCUGAAGAAUAGUUCUACGCAUUGUCAUCAUGGAAAAAUGUAUUUGAGAGAUCUGUUGAGUCUUAAUGUAUACAUCUGUAGUAAAGUGUAUAACAAAUAACCUUUGAAUAAAAUGUUU